UCGACAUGGGUAAAAUAACCAAGAAAAUUACCAACAAUAAUCAACGAAAGGGUCAAAACAAAAAGGAAAGCGAAGAGAUACCGCCAAAGACAAAUAUUCGUUCUGUAAAACGCCCAAGGAUUACUUCUAUACCAAAAAAUGAAAUUCCGAUGGCUCCGGAAAUCAUCAUUCCUUCAAAUGAAACUACGAUGGUUCCAGAAAUCAUCAUUCCUUCAAAUGAAACUCCGAUGGUUCCAGAAAUCAUCAUUCCUUCAAAUGAAACUCCGGUGGUUCCAGAAAUCAUCAUUCCUUCAAAUGAAACUCCGAUGGUUCCGGAAAUCAUCAUUCCUUCAAUACCGAUUCCUAUUUUAAAUAAUAAACAUGAAUCAGUGAAGAUGCCAUUACCAAAUUUUGACACACAUUCAGAUGAUGAUCACGCACAUCCAGAUGUUCAGGAAUGUUCAAAGGAUGAUCCGGCAAAUCCAAAUACUCAAAAACAUUCAAAUGAAAAUCAACCGACUCCAGACGUUCAACAAGCACGUACAAGUGAAGAUCACGCACAUCCAAAUCUUCAACAAUCACGUCAAGCAAGUCCAAAUGUUCAGGAUGAUCCGGCACAUCAAAAUGUUCAGAUACAUCUAAAUGAAGAUCAGCCAAUUACAGAUGUUCAGCCAUCAAGUUCAAAGGAUGAUCAGGAUGUUCAUAACCAUUUAAAUGAAGACCAGCCAAUCACAGACGUUCAGCAAACACGUCCAAAUAUUCAAACACGUCAGGAUGUUCGGAAACGUCCAAAAGAAGCACGUCAAAAUGUUCAAGGACGUCCAAAUGUUCAAGGUCGUUCAAAUGUUCAAGGACGUUCAAAUCUUCAGGGACGUCAAAAUAUUCAGGCAGGUUCAAAUCUUCAGACACAUCCAACAAAUCUUCAAGCUCAAGACCUUCAGGCAAACCUUCAGACACAUUCACCAAAUCUUCAAGCACGUCAAAAUGUUCAAGAACUUUCAUAUGUUCACAUAAAUCCAAAUGCUCAGCCAAAUAUUCAAGGACGUUCAUAU